AUGACUAUUGGCCGAACAACCAAUUUCCACCCGCUAACAACAUACUUUAUAACGAUACUCUCGAAAGAUGGGGGCCGUGCUUAUUACACUGUGAAGACGCCGCAUGGUCUGCGGAUCAUCUCGCUGAACACCAACCUGUACUACACCUCCGACAAGGCAACCGUUAAUGUCUCCGACCCCGCCGAUCAGCUCCAAUGGUUGAAUGCUACACUGGUUAACGCUAAGACCAGUAAUGAAAGGGUCCUGAUCACAGCUCACAUUUCUCCCGGGGUUCACACGCCAAGAAGCAUACUUUGGAUGCACGAGAAGUUCCACACACCUUUGGCUGAUAUCCUCCAGACAAAUGCUGACAUCAUAGUUGGCAUGUUUUUCAAACAUGAUCAUUCAGAUGGAUUCAAAGUUUUACCUGAAAAAACGGUGGAGUACGACAGGACCACUGGAAGGCCGCUGGACAUCACUCAGUACUAUCUUGAUCUGAUAACGGCCAAUCAGAACGCCACUGAUAAUUGGGAAGUCGAAUAUGAAGCCACAAAAGCCUACGAAAAACCAGAUUUGACCGCAGCCACACUUGCGAAACUUGCUAGGAGGAUAAAGAAUCCUGGAAGCAAAGCGUUUAAGAAUUACUGGAGGUUCUAUACAACAACUUUGAUAAUUGUUCUGAAUAUGCUGUAG